AUGACAGCUUGCGAUCGCUGUGAGCAGCCCAAGAAGGUCUUGUCGACUCUCCGCGCCUGUACGGACGACGUGCGGCCCAAUGUGGUCGCCGUGAGCCUGGGCCUGCGGGCUUGUGCUUCCGGCAGUUGGUGGGUCACAGCCAUGAGGUUGCUGCACGACGCAGUGAAGGCCGAACUGGAGCUGGACUGCGUGUGCUGUGACGCCGCCCUUGGUGCCUGCUGUGCUGGGGGCCACUGGCGCUCAGUGAUGUUGCUGAUGGAAUAUGCUCGCAAGAACAGGCUGGAAAUGGAGGCUGGCGGUUGGGCAGCCAUCGUGACUACCUAUGUUCGAGCAGGCCGUCAUCAGAGACUCAGGUCUCUUGUGAGUGUUCUGCGUAGCAAGGCAGUUGCUCGGCUUCGACGAGCAAAAAUACCGACAGCCUCAUAG